AACCUUCGUGGCGGCGCAAGAGGGCCGAAAAGCGCUUCCGGUGUGCAGGCCUCACUCACUUCCGGCUCAGAGGGGAAAGAAACGUACGCCGUCCGGGAAGAAGAGCGGCGGCUGUGGCCCCUUCCGGAUUCAGUUUCCCACAGAGUUUCUAACUGGAAGCCAAAAAUGGCCAGCAAAGGACCUGCAGCUUCAGCUUCUACAGAAAGUUCCAGUGCGGGUGGAACCAGCGGGAACAGCAGCAACGGGGACAGUACGGGUCAGGACAGCACAUUUGAAUGCAACAUCUGUUUGGACACUGCCAAGGAUGCUGUGAUCAGUCUGUGUGGCCACCUCUUCUGUUGGCCCUGUUUACACCAGUGGCUGGAGACCAGGCCAAACAGACAGGUGUGUCCUGUAUGUAAAGCAGGAAUCAGCCGUGAUAAAGUCAUACCACUUUAUGGAAGGGGCAGCACUGGACAACAGGACCCCAGGGAGAAAACGCCACCUCGACCUCAAGGCCAGAGACCUGAGCCAGAAAACCGAGGGGGUUUCCAGGGUUUUGGGUUUGGAGAUGGAGGCUUCCAAAUGUCAUUUGGAAUUGGAGCGUUUCCAUUUGGCAUAUUUGCUACAGCCUUCAAUAUAAACGAUGGCCGGCCUCCUCCAGGUAAGGAAUGAAAUAAAAUUAGCCUG